AUGAUAGUGUUAUCAUGGAAUAUCGGAGGGCUGGGAUGUUCAGCUAAAAGAGCUCAGAUUCGAAAGAUUUGCAAAUCUAACAAAGUUGAGAUUCUUACAAUUCAGGAAAGAAAAUUACAGGGGAUCAAUAUGAGUGUUAUUGAUUUGAUAUGGGGGACAUCGAAUAAAGAUUGGGUUUCUCUUGAUGCAGUGGGAUAUGCUGAUGAGGCGGUGGUGGAUAAUCUUCAGAAAAUCUUAGUUUGUUUUGAAGUUGUUUCAGGUCUUCGAAUCAAUAUCACGAAAUCUGAAAUGCUGGGUAUUCGUUUGGAGGAAAGAGAGUUGGGGAAACUGGCUUCUCUCAUUGGGUGUAAAACAGGUUCUUUUCCUUCAACGUAUCUUGUUAUGCCUCUUUGUUUGGGAAAACCUCCAUUAAUUCUAUGGGACAGGGUUAUCGAAAAGGUUGAGAGGAAGUUAUCGAUUUGGGAAAGCCAGUAUCUUUCGUUGGGAGGCCGUCUUACCCUUAUUAAAGUGGUUCUUCCUAGCAUGCCGAUUUAUAUUAUGUCUCUUUUUAAAUGUCCAAAAUCAGUUUUGAAUCGUUUGAAAAAGCUACAACAAGAUUUUCUUUGGUACAGAUCGGCAAAUAGAAGUAAUUUUCAUCUUCUAAACUGGAACGAUGUCUGUUGCCCAUUGGAAGAUGGGGGAGCCGGUAUUAGAGACUUAGACCUAAUGAAUAUCACUCUUCUAGGCAAAUGGCUAUGGAGGUUGGCACAAAAAGAAGAUACCUUGUGGAAAGUUAUCAUUGAAAACAAAUAUGGUCUUUCUAAAGGGGGAUGGGGCCGUAAAGCGUUCUACAUUGUAUUGUGA